UUAUUAAAUAAAAUAAAAUACUCUCUCUCACUCUCACAGGAAGACUCUCUACACGUCUUUGUCUGGUCUGUGGAGUGGCUGUACAUUCAUUCAUUCAUUUCAUUUCCCCAGGCCCCAAAAAAGAUCUUCCUCUUCCUCCAGUAAAUGUGUUUUUAUCGGAACAUCGAAGAAAUAGAAACAAUUAUAAAGGAGAAUUAGGGUUUGAUUCUGGUGGUAUAUGUUUAGAAAAUACUGUUUUUGUGUUUUUAAUUGUGGAAAUGCCGCUGGCAAGGUAUCAGAUUAGAAAUGAGUACAGUUUGGCUGAUCCGGAGCUGUAUAAAGCUGCCGAUAGAGAUGAUCCAGAGGCUCUUUUGGAAGGUGUUGCUAUGGCUGGCCUCGUCGGAGUUUUACGCCAGCUUGGUGACCUAGCUGAGUUUGCUGCUGAGGUGUUUCAUGACUUGCAUGAAGAAGUAAUGGCAACUGCAGCUAGAGGCCAUGGCCUAAUGGCUCGCGUUCAGCAGCUUGAGGCCGAAGUUCCUUCAAUUGAGAAGGCGUUUCUUUCUCAAACUGAUCAAUCACCAUUCUUUUCCAACACAGGUGUUGACUGGCAUCCUAAUUUGCGCAUGGAACAAAAUCUGGUCACUCGUGGAGAUUUACCUCGUUUUGUAAUGGAUUCUUAUGAAGAAUGCCGAGGUCCCCCACGUUUAUUCCUUCUAGACAAGUUUGAUGUUGCUGGGGCUGGAGCAUGCUUGAAGCGCUACACUGACCCAUCUUUCUUUAGAGUUGAAGCAGCAUCCUCUGGAAUACUGACAAUAGAUGUCCAGAGAGAGAAGAAAAUUCGAAAAGUGAAGAAGAAAGGUACACGCUGGAGGAAUGGAGAAACUACCCCAGAGGUGCCAACAUCACAUGCCAAACUGCAUCAGUUAUUUUUGGAGGAGCGUGUUGAGAAUGCUCAUUCCGAUCCCAAUCGUCUUGUGAAAUUAAAGAGAAGGCAACUGAAUGGAUCUCCAUUUGAUCUGAAACCUGGAAAAAGUUACAUGGAGAAAUUCCUGGGGACUCCUUCACCAGAGCAUAGAGUAAUUUGUGAGGUUUCUGUUAAUCCAUCACCACCAAAGUUAACAUUCGAUAAUUCUUGCGAAUCAGGGCUUGAAAUACUUGAUAUAGGUGUUGUUAGUCCUCCAGAAAAAUCAUCACAUGGAAGGGAUGCCACACAUUCGUCUCCCAUUGCACAGGAAAUUCUAUUAAAACCUUUUGCACAUGAGUUGGAUGGGGAAAACAUUAAUAGAGAAAUUGUGAAGGUCCCUGACUCAAUUGCUGGGGGUGAGGGAGAUGAAUCUUCUUAUGUCAUUCACAAGAUGGCAAUUAAAGAUGAAUUGGCAAUUGAAGGAGAUGAGAAAAUAGAGGGAAGUCUAGAUGGAGACCAUUCUGAUGACUUGAUGAGCGAGGUAGAUAACUACAUGGAUGCUCUUACUAAUGUGGAGUCAGAAAUGGAAACAGAUAAUGAGUACAAACCUAAAACCAAUCAGGGUGUUUUGAAGGUUGGUAGACAUGAGACAUUUUCUGAUGCAAACGAGGAUCAUAUGGAUGUACAAGCUAAUUUUUCUGAUUCUCAGUCAUAUGGAAACUCCUCCAUAUCAGAUGAUGGCAAAAGUUCAUUUAAGAAAGGAAAAUAUAGUGUUUCUUACUCUGAUUCUCUUAGCAAUUUUACUGAGAAUACAAUAUCUGAUAAUGAAGGGGCAGGAAAAUUUUUACCUUCUGAAGAUUCUACAGCAGAGAUUGUGAAUUCAACAUCUGGUGUUGUGGAGACUCUAGGAACUCAAUCCAGUGAGCUUCUAGUGUUCAAUAAUAAGUGCAUGCAGGAAGAAGCAAUCUCUAAUGCUGGAAAAGCAUCUUGCAGUUCACAUCUUUCAGAUUCUGACCUUCAACCAUCAGUUCCUUCUUCAAAUUCAGUUGUAGUUUCCUUGGCAGAAGCAAAAUUAGAUGAAAUGACCACUGACUGUGUUAAACUUUCUCCUGAAUCACCAGAAAUCGACCAAAGUGGGGUGGGUUUGCCUCAUUCUUUUACUGGAAGUUCCGAUGAUACUUUCCAGACGAUGCAUAAUAAUAUGCUUGCAGCUUCUUCUGAAGGAUGUCUUGUGGAAGAGUUGGAUCAUAAAGAUCCAAAGGAUUUUGUGCAUACACCAAAAAUGCCAGAUUUCGUAGAGGAAGACAAUGAUGUUUCUCUGAACGAAGCACUUCAAACAGAUUUAAAUGGAGAUGGUAUUCAUGAUGAGAAUUUGGUCAAAGGGAAAAUGGACUCUCCACCUUCAGUUAUGGCACCAUCAAAGGAGCAGUUUUCUUGUUCAGUUUUACCAGAAAUUGAUGUGGGUUCAGAUGGCACAUUAGUGUCUGAGAGUGUAGAUGUUGUAAAGCCUGUUCACAGAGAUUCUGAAGUUGAUAGUAUCAUUGGAGCUACAGGAGUAAGCUCAGAAAAUCCUAUGAGCAUGGUGGAAACUUUGGAGGCUGAUAUCAUUAAGGAGCAUCAAUGCUCAGAUAUAGAAGUUGAUGUUUCACAAGUUACAGAUGGCUUGACUGGAGUAACAUGUUCUGAUGAAAAUAUGAGUCUUGAAGAAAUUUCUGGGGCUGGUGGCAAUGAGGAAGUGGGCACAUUCACCAGCAAUGUGAACGUACUUGGAGAAGAUUCUGUUCCCUUUGAGCGUCGAGCCAAUUAUUCAGAUAAUGUCCUUGAUGAGCAUGUAAACUUAGAUGAAGAUUUGGGUGCAUCUCUUGUUACUUCUGUGGUUGCUACUAAUGCUAAUGAUGGGGUCAACAGUGCUGGUUGUCCAUCUACAGGAUUGGUAUUCUCUUCAUCUGGCAAUCUUGUAGAUAUUCAAGAGACUCACUUAGGAAAUGAGAGUCCUCAUCAGAAAGCGUUAGGCUUUAACGAGGGAGUUCUUCCAGAAUUCCAUACUGAACCAGUGGAACAAAAGGAAGUAAAACAACUAGAAUUUGCUCCUGUAGAUUCGGCCUCCAGUCCACACAAAUCAGCCUCUGAUGAUCAUUCCAAUUUUGAAGUGCUUGAACUUGUUUGUGAGUCAGCUCUUACUGAUCAAGUACAAAACUGCUCUUAUAUGGGAGAUGUUAGGGCAGUGCCAUCUGCAGAACCACUCGACCAGGAGUUGGAAUCUUGCUGGAGGCAUUCUGCUGUUAUUGGUGAAGAUGCCGGGUGUUCACUUACCUGUUAUGAGCCGCAGGUAGAAACUUCUCUAGAACACUUUAUGGAGUUGCCGGUAGAUCAAAAUUCUGUAGAAUCUGCACAUGCAGUCAUGGAUGAAGAAAAGUCUCUGUCAUUAAUACUUCACAGUUCACCUCCUCAGCAACUUGAAGAGCCUGGAGUUCCUUCAGAGCAGUCAUUGGGAUUGCAAUCUGAUCAUCUCGACACAGGAUGUCUGCAAGUGGGUGAAGCAAGUUCUAAGUCAGCAGAUAUGCGGUCUGGAAAAAAUUCUGCAUCAUUAAAUGUUCAGAGUUCACCUGCUUGUCAACUUGGAGAGCCUGGAGUUCUAUCGGAGCAGUCAUUGGAAUUGCGAUCCAUUCAUCUUAACUCAGGAGGUCUGCAAGUGGAUGAAGCACGUUCUAAAUCAUCAGAUAUGCAGUCUGAACAGAUACAUACUAUGAGUGAUGUGAGUUGGGAAAGAUACCCUGAUGCUUCUUCCAAACAAGAUGCUAUUCCUAACCAAGAACUUCUGAUGCCAUCAGCAAGUCAGGAUAAUGAUACCAUGCUGUCAAGGAAUCCAUUUGACUCUGGCUUCCCUAGCUUGGGCCCAUUCCCUCAGAAUCUGGAGGAGAUGCCGCCAUUGCCGCCUCUACCUCCUAUGCAAUGGAGAAUAGGGAAAUUUCAACCUGCUCUGCCGUCAUCACAGGUCGAAGAGAUUGGUCCUGGUGAGGGUACAUUUCUGCCAAUUCAACCGUUUAAAGCUGAUGAGAAAUCCCGAUCUGAUUUUCUAUCAUCAGAUAGAGAGAUUAUGCAGCUUCCAAACCCAUUUGUGUCAUUUGCUGAAGCUGAUAUUGAGAGGUCGGACCACUUGUAUGCAGAGUCAGUCGAAAAUUGCUUGCAGCCAACUCGAGGCUCAUUGGAGUUGCCAACUGUUGUUAGUGAUGCAAACAGUCAACAGACUUCUCACUCAUCAGAGGGAACACAAUUGAUGAACCCAUUCUUGACUUUACCAGAAAUAACUAACGAGAGGCCUGAGGAUGGUUUCCUUACUUCAGGAGGAAGACCAAUAGGGUCUAGUCCAGACAUGUCAUCGGCAGUGGUAACUGCAGAACAUACAUCCAUUGGAUGUGAUCCUGUACCCUCACAUGGCCCGCCAGUUAAGCUCUUGAACCAAGCGACACCAGAAUCAAUAGUAGAGGCAGAGACACCAGAAUACAACGUACAAAAUUCAGAAGGAGAAGAAAAGAAUUCUCUGGACAAACCUGCAUCACCGCCAACUAUGCUAGAAGACCAGCCUCAACACGAUUCAGAAACUUUGCAGAGAGAAACAACAUGGUUGCCAACUACAUUAGCUUUGCCGCCAACUUAUGAAGUUGGAAAAGCAAAUGGGAGCAAGCUGCCUCGCCCCAGGAAUCCUCUCAUUGAUGCUGUUGCUGCACAUGACAAAAGCAAGUUGAGAAGGGUAACAGAACGAGUUCGUCCUCAGAUUGGACCUAAGGUUGAUGAAAGAGAUUCACUGCUAGAGCAGAUACGAACCAAGUCCUUUAACCUGAAGCCUGCAGCAGCGACAAGGCCCAGUAUUCAGGGUAUUCAGGGACCAAAAACCAACUUGAAGGUUGCUGCCAUAUUAGAGAAAGCAAAUGCAAUUCGACAGGCUUUGGCUGGAAGUGACGAAGACGAUGAUACAGACAGCUGGAGUGAUUCUUGAAAAAACUUAAUUACAUGCAGCAUUUGACCUUGAUGGUUAAUAACCUGAAAUGCUUUAGAUACGCAUUGAUCAUCCCUUAAAGUGGAUAUCAAUGUUUGCAAUUUGGUUAUUCUUUUCCUCUACACUAUAUUCAUGUAUAAUCUCUCUUCUCCUGUCUUAAAUUGUCACACACAUAUGUUGAAGGUGUACUGGUUGAUAUGUCACCCCUGCUCUAUGAUCAGGAGGAAUCUAGGGUGAAAUGUGUAUUUACAAGAAUGGCUCAGCGUGCAAGCGCUUUACCAAUCAAAAUUGUAUGUAAUAUUUUAUUAGUAAGUUGGCAGGUGUAAAUUGUGUUGGAGUGGCAUAGAUUUUUGAGGUGUAGUGCAUUUCCAGUGAAAUUUUGUAAUCUUGUAUGUAGUGAUUCAUGGUGCACAUCUCUUCCCAUUUAGAAUGUUCUUCUUCCUUUUAUGGAUGGCUAUAUGAUGGUUUGCAUGAUUCUUUAUUGCAGCUA